AUGGAAAACAGUUCUUUUGGGUUCUAUUCUAAAUUAACCAUGGAUACAUUUUUUAUUCCAGCUGGAGGAAAGUAUCCCAUAAUUCUUCUUGGCAUUGCAAUUUAUUUGUUUGGAAUGUCCUGCAACCUGACGCUGCUGACUUUGAUUAUUCUGAAGAAGAACCUUCACAAGCCGAUGUAUUUCAUCCUGUUCAGUCUACCCCUCAACGAUCUGAUCGGUAUAACUGCAAUGAUGCCAAAAGUGCUCUCAGACAUUGUUACAGAGACGAAUGAUGUUUACUAUCCUCUGUGUGUCUUACAAGCAUUCCUGCUUCACAUGUAUGGUGGUGCCGUUUUGUUUAUUCUUGCAGCGAUGUCCUUUGAUCGUUACGUUGCCAUCUGUAUGCCAUUACGCUACAGCUCCAUUAUGACCUUAAGAAUGGUCACUGGUAUUGUUACUCUAGUUUGGGGCCUCGAUUUUGUCUUGAUUUUGUUACUCUUCUCCCUGCAAGCAAGGCUUCCGAGGUGCACAGCUCUCAUCAGGAAUGUUUUCUGUGACAAUCCAUCCCUCCUUAAGCUGACAUGUGUCAACACAGCAGUUCAGAAUAUCACAGGACUGUUUAACACAGCCGUCAUACAAGCCAUAAGUAUAUCCAUUCAGGUGUACUCCUAUGUCAAAAUACUUAUCACAUGUUUGGCCACACGGACAUCUGAAGCCAAAACCAAAGCUGUCCACACCUGUGUGGCACAGUUAGUCAUUCUGGUUAUUUUUGAAGUUGUUGGAACUUUCACAAUUUUAUCCCAUAGGUUCAAAGAUGUCUCAGCAGACCUGCAAAAGAUAAUGGGGAUGCUGAUAUUUCUUGUUCCUCCACUUCUGAAUCCACUAGUAUAUGGACUUUACACAAGCGAAAUAAGAAAAACCCUUCUGGGAGUCUUUAAGAAUAGAGUAAUCUAAGAUUUCCAGCCUUAAUUUUU